UGCGGUGACAAGCCUAAACCGGUUCCUACGUGGAUGGGAGGCCGGUUUCAGCUGGCUGCGUUGCUGUGGUAACGGCUCCUCCAUAAAUACUCGGAGGCUCCUCCGCCGGCUUCACUGGCAGUAACACCUCCAGCAGCGCGCGUCGCCGGGAAGGGGACCUGCUUUUUAAAACCCAUCUCUCUGGUCUAAUGGACAAACUCUUUGUAAAUGCUUUUUAAGAAUCCUCACACAAGGAAAUCGCACUCCAGCUGCUCAGCAGGCCCUGGCCUUGAGUCCUACCUGAAGGGGUUUAAUUUCACCGGUGAGCCACCUUGGCCUCAUUGCACCUGAGUCCCAACAGCUCCACAUUUUGUCUCUUUCAGAUCCAAUUUACCUUUGAUUUAGCUAAACAAGUUAACAAGAUGAAUCCAGCCACACCAACGGAUCUUGACUUCUCCUUCCUUGAAGAGGGUUUCUCUGCUCGGGAUAUUGUUGACCAAAAAAUCAACGAGUCAUCCCUGACGGACGACAGGGAUGCUUUCUAUGUCUGUGACCUGGGGGACGUCUUAAAGAAACACCUUCGCUGGGUGAGGGCGCUGCCUCGCGUUACUCCCUUCUAUGCUGUCAAGUGCAACGACAGCCAGGCGGUAGUCAUGACUCUGGCAUCUCUGGGAACCGGCUUCGACUGUGCAAGCAAGAUGGAGAUUCAGCUGGUCCAGUCUUUGGGUGUCGACCCGAGCAGAAUUAUUUAUGCCAACCCCUGCAAGCAGGUUUCUCAGAUCAAGUAUGCGUCGUCACACGGGGUCCAGAUGAUGACCUUUGACAGUGAAGUGGAGCUCAUGAAAGUGGCCCGUUGCCACGACAAUGCCAAGCUUGUGUUGCGCAUCGCUACCGACGACUCAAAGGCAGUUUGCCGUCUGAGCGUCAAGUUUGGGGCCACUCUGAAAGCUUGCCGAGGUCUUUUGGAGCGAGCCAAGGAACUGGGGCUGGACGUGAUCGGUGUCAGUUUUCAUGUCGGGAGCGGCUGCACCGAUGCGGAGACCUACACCAAAGCCAUUGCAGAUGCUCGCUGCGUCUUUGACAUGGGGGAGGAGCUGGGCUUUGAGAUGGACCUUCUGGACAUCGGAGGUGGUUUCCCUGGUUCUGAUGACACCGAACUGAAAUUUGAAGAGAUCGCAGCUGUGAUCAACCCGGCCCUCGAUAAGUACUUUCCCGCUGACGCCGGUGUGAGAAUCAUCGCUGAGCCGGGACGCUUCUAUGUUGCGUCUGCCUACACGUUGGUGGUGAACAUCAUCGCCAAGAAGGUCAUUAUGGAUGACGAGUCAGCCUCUGACGAGGAAGACGAAGGAACCAGCGACAGGACUCUGAUGUACUACGUCAACGAUGGCGUCUACGGAUCCUUUAAUUGCAUCUUUUAUGACCACGCCCACUGUUUGCCUACGCUGCAUAAGAAGCCGAAGCCAGAUGAGGCCCUGUACCCCUGCAGCAUCUGGGGCCCGACAUGCGACGGUCUGGACCGCAUUGUGGAGCAGUGUUCCCUGCCAGACCUGCAGGUGGGCGACUGGCUGGUGUUUGACAACAUGGGAGCCUACACCGUAGCUGCGUCCUCCACAUUCAACGGCUUCCAAAGACCCGACAUUCAUUACGUCAUGUCCCGACCCGCCUGGCUACAUGUGCAGCAGAUCUGCUCCCGGGGCCUGCCAGCUCCUGCGGAGGACUCUUCCCCGUUCGAGGUGGUGGCGUGCUGCGGCCGAGAGAGCAGCUUGGAGAUGCCCACUAAGCCUUGCUGUGCUCACGUGGUUUAAACACACAGAGAAACACAAUGUUCCUUAGAGCUAGCAUUUUAUCGGUAGGGAGCGAGCCGUAACAUGUUCAAGGCCAACGACUUGACUGGAGAACGAGAGGGACACGUGUCCGCACACAUUUCUGUGUUCUGUUUAAAAGCUGGGGGUCGACCUUUGAUGAAAUGAGGCUGAAUCGUACUGGAGCUGUCUGAUCCGAGCAGGAUGGGGCAGCGCUGUUCUAAAGUAUUAAUAGGGAUCCAUCUAACAGAUUCCUGAUGACCCGGUUUGGUGAACAGUCCUGCUCCAUCUGUGUGAUGUCAGCGGUCAUUCAGACAGUUGGUGUGGUUCAGUUUCUCUAAUGGCUGCUAUAAUAUUUAUAUUUUCCAGAUCUCCACUUCUGUGCAGAACCGUUCUAGUGUUAAUCCUCAAGAUCGUAACAUCUCGUGUUUUUUACUAUAAUUUAUGAAGCAGGUCCGUGUUGAUCCGUCUGCAUGAAUCCACUCAGCAUGUCCGUAGCAGAAACACCGCCUGUUUGCAAAAAGUCUUAAAGAUUAACACUUGAAUCGCAGGGACUCAAACGCCGACUGGACCUCUCCUCUUCUCCUUUUUGUUUCCACGUUUUAUUUGUAUUAUUAACCAGACUGAACCAUGCAUUUGAACUGGAUAUGAAAGAGACAGGAUUGCACGCUCAUAUUGCUUUCCUAUGGAAACUUUGGAAGUUUUGUAUUUUUUUAAUAAAUAAAACAUUAGGUGCA